CUCUCUCAGCAGAUAUAAACACUCCUCUCUCCAAUGUGUACAACACACUCGAGGAUAUUGUAACCAUAACUGCAGAAGAUGAAUAUCAACAGAAAAAAUUGGUUUUUUACUGUGCUCCUGCUGGCUGCAUGGACCUGUCUGGUAGUGAAAGGCUCUGUUUCAGCCUCCAGGUUGGCAUCACUCCGUUCUCGACGAAUGGUUGGGGGCAGCCUGGCUCCUCAUGUCCCCUGGCAGGCCAUGGUAUACCUCAGUGAAAAUGUGCUGGAUGGAGGCUAUGCAGGCGGUGCUCUCAUCUCAGAGCGCUGGAUUUUGACAGCUGGCAGGAACCUGUUUGUCCGUAAGAGUAAAGUGGACACUCAGGGAAAAGAUCCUGUCAUUCCUAAAGUUUACCUGGGAAUCACUGGACUGCCAGAAGCUAAUGCCUCCACAGAGGUUGCUGUCGAGAAGGUUGUUCUCCAUCCAGGCUUCCAGAACCACUCUGACUGGGACAACGACCUGGCUCUGAUCCAGCUGAAGGAGCCUGUGGUUAUGAGUGACAAAGUGACCCCAAUCCCCCUGCCAGAAACAGGCCAGGACCUUGCAGACGCUGUAAGAGGGUCAGGUGUUAUUACUGGCUGGGGCUGGGGAGCCCUCCUCACUCUUUCGUCAUCACUCAAGCACCUCGUACUCCGUCUGGCCAGGCAGUCUGUCUGUAAGGCAGAAUAUGAUGGCAGCGAGCUCACACCAACUGUAGAUGACAACAUUAUCUGCACCAGGCCCACCAAGUUCAACGAAAAUGUUUGUUUUGGUGAUGCAGGAGGUGCUCUGGCUGUUACAGAUGCUAAAACUGGGGACAUCUACGCUGCAGGGAUCCUUUCCUAUGACAAAGCCUGCACCAACAGAAGUUAUGGCAUCUAUAUGAAGAUUUCCUCGUAUUUGCCCUGGAUACACAGUGUCCUCAGAGGAGAUACAGAGAAAUCGUCCACUCUACGCUCUGAUGCGAUGUCUAAGAUGUACUCAUUGCAGCCGUAGAGCUUCAGGCUCUGUUGUUUCGCUUUUGUAGCGUAAUCAUCAUGAGAAAAUUCUUGUAACCACUACAGUGUCACUUAAAUGUUGUUAUUGGAAAGGAAAACAAUAAAUACAUAAAUCCAA